AUGGAAUUCAUUGCUGGGGCCAUCGGAGGUGGUCUAAGCACAGCCGUGGGUUAUCCACUGGACACAGUAAAGGUAAGAAUUCAGACUGAGAACUGCUACAAAGGAUUUUGGCACUGUGUUCAGGAAACAUACAGGACAGAAAAGGUCCGGGGAUUUUACAAAGGAGUGACUGCCUCGGUCCUUGCUGUGUCAGUGGUUUCCUCUGUUUCUUUUGGCACAUACAAAAACUUCCUCAGUGCCAUCUGCAAGCUGCGAUACGGGGCUGUGGAUGCCAAGCCAUCCAAGCUGGACAUUUCUCUUGCUGGAGCUGCUGCAGGCGCUGCCCGGGUUGUGUUGACAAACCCUAGUGAAGUGGCUAAAGUUCGGAUGCAGACUCAGAGGAACCCACCCCCUCUCAUCAUGCAUCAGACUGCUUCCAAGCCAAAGUACAAAGGGUCUCUGCACUGUCUGAAGGUUAUCAUCAAGGAGGAAGGUUUUGGGGGUCUCUACAAGGGCUGUUCUGCAUUACUCUGCAGGGAUUGCUCUGCUUCUGCAAUAUAUUUCCUUUCCUAUUCUGCUCUGUGUGAUUGGCUCACACCAGAUGGGAGAAAUAAACCAGGUUUCCUCGUUGUGCUGCUUUCUGGUGGUUUUGCUGGAGUCCUGGCUUGGGGAUUAGCUACUCCCAUGGAUGUCAUCAAAUCACGCAUGCAAACAGAUGAAUCGGACCAGCACAAGUACAAAGGCCUGAUCCACUGUGUGAGGGAAAGCGUGAGGAAGGAGGGGCCAAAAGUGCUUUUCAAAGGACUGGGUUUAAACUGCAUUCGUGCCUUUCCUGUGAACAUGGUAGUGUUUGUAACAUAUGAAGGUGUACUGAGAUUUACAGAUCAUUAUAUAAACAAAAAAUAG